AUGUCGGUGGAGCUCGGCAAUGGGAAAGGCGAAGAUGGCGCUUGUUGGUUGACUGCAGAUAGUCCGAAUCCGGCUCCAAAUCUGGCUCCGACUCCGGCUCUAAAUCCGGCUCUAAAUCCGGCUCCGAAUCCGGCUGCGAAUCCGGCUCCGAAUCCGGCUCAAAAUCCGGCUCAAAAUCCGGCUCCGAAUCCAGCUCCGAAUCCAGCUCCGAAUCUAGCUCCGAAUCCGGCUCCGAGUCCGGCUCCGAAUCCGGCUCCGAAUCCGGCUCCGAAUCCAGCUCCGAAUCCGGCUCCGAAUCCGGCUCCGAAUCCGGCUCCGAAUCCGGCUCCGAAUCUGGCUCCGAAUCCGGCUCCGAAUCCGGCUCCGAAUCCGGCUCCGAAUCCGGCUCCGAAUCCGGCUCCGAAUCCGGCUCCGAAUCCGGCUCCGAAUCCGGCUCCGAAUCCGGCUCCGAAUCCGGCUCCGAAUCCGGCUCCGAAUCCGGCUCCGAAUCCGGCUCCGAAUCCGGCUCCGAAUCCGGCUCCGAAUCCGGCUCCGAAUCCGGCUCCAAAUCCGGCUCCGAAUCUGGCUCCGAAUCCGGCUCCGAAUCCGGCUCCAAAUCCGGCUCCGAAUCCGGCUCUGAAUCCGGCUCCGAAUCCGGCUCCGAAUCCGGCUCCGAAUCCGGCUCCGAAUCCGGCUCCGAAUCCGGCUCCGAAUCUGGCUCAGAAUCCGGCUCAGAAUCCGGCUCAGAAUCCGGCUCAGAAUCCGGCUCAGAAUCCGGCUCAGAAUCCGGCUCAGAAUCCGGCUCAGAAUCCGGCUCAGAAUCCGGCUCAGAAUCCGGCUCAGAAUCCGGCUCAGAAUCCGGCUCAGAAUCCGGCUCAGAAUCCGGCUCAGAAUCCGGCUCCGAAUUCGGCUCUGAAUCCGGCUCCAAAUCCAGCUCCAAAUCGUGCUUCGAAUCCAGCUCCGAAUCCAGCUUCGAAUCCGGCUCCAACUCUAAAGAAAAUUUGA